UUCCUGCUGGUAAUUCCAUUAUAGCCGCUUGGGGACCACCAGCCGAGCGUCCAAGUAUGUUGGCAGUGGUGUCUACAGGUUUAUUAGUUGGUGCUGUUGUAUCAUUCCUUACUUCUGGAUUGCUUUGUGAACACGGCUUUGCAAACGGAUGGCCUUCGAUAUUCUAUAUCCAUGGUUUUCUGGCAGUUAUUUUUGUGAUAAUGUGGAUUUUUGAUGGGUAUAGUUUACCAAACCACCAUCCAAGAAUAUCGAAAGAAGAGUUAAAAUACAUAGUUGAAUCUAAACGGCUAGUUUCUACUGUGAACAAGUCUCAAGGUACGCCCUGGAAAGGCAUUCUGACCUCAAGGCCGAUGUGGGCGUGCUUUAUUACGCAUUUCUGCUUCAACUGGAGUUUCUUCACCGUCCUCAUAAAUGUGCCAUUAUUUCUCAAAGAAGUUCUCAAGUACGACGUUUCGUCAAAUGGUUUCUAUUCCGCUCUGCCGUACAUAUUCCAAAUAUCUAGUGGACUUGCCACGGGAAAAGUUUCAGCUGUGAUAUUGAAAAAGAAGUGUUUAGGCCAUCUUGUUACAAGACGUCUGUUCCAAACAAUAUGUUCAAUAGGGUGUGGCGUAUGUCUGAUCUUCGCUGGAUAUGUCACGUGUGAGGCACGCCAUGUUGCGGUUGUGCUUCUGUGCUGCUCGGGCGUUUUCGGAGGCAUGGCGUGUGCAGGAUUCAUCGUAAAUCAUCCAGAGUUCUCCGGCCAAUUUGCAGGAACUACGUUUGGAAUUACCAAUGCAGGAGGCGUAGUUUCAUCCAUAUUGGCGUCAAUGAUCGCCGGCCUUUUAACACCUAAAGGUCUUCAAAGUGAAUGGCAAGUCGUGUUUUAUAUCGCUGCAGUUGUUAAUUUCGUCGGAGCGUUGUCAUUUUUAUUCUUUUCUGAUGUAACAUUGCAGCCAUGGGCACAAGGCAAACAACAAACUAUCGAAAUUGAAGUGAACCCGCCCGAAAACGAAUUGCAGCAAAUGCAAGCAUAGUUGCUUUUUCAUUAUAUAUGUUUACUAACUCCAGCAAUGACAAGCUUAUGUCAAUUGAUGUUGAUGUAUAUUAUAUAUAUAUUAUUUAUUGCUUUACUCUAACAAAAGCUCUUAUUUAC